AUGUUCUCCAUUUCCCGGGCUCUCGUCGCGCUUGCAGUACUCGGAGCUGCUCGAGGCCAACCCCACAGCAGCAGCUGCACGUCAACCACUGCUGCCCAGCCCGCUGCCACUGCGGAUCCAAACGCGCAGCUCUUUACCGAUCUCUUCUCCGCUCCGACGGCCAUCAAGCGCUUCCAACGGCUACUCGUUCAGGGCGGCAGUCUCUUGACGGGCGAAGCUUUGCGCAAGCUGAUCGUCUUUGACUUCAACGGCGCCCAGCCCGCCAAUGGCGCGCUGGGUGGCGCGAUCAAGUCGGCCACCAUAGAGACAUUUCCUUUAGUCACUGAUCUCGAUAUAAGCAUGACGCUUGCCUUUCUGGAGCCCUGCGGGAUCAACACGCCGCACAUCCACCCGAGGGCGACGGAGUUCUUGGUUCUGGUCGAAGGGUCCGACCUCCGAUUCGGAAGCUUUCUCGAGAACGGCCUGGUUUCACCGGGGCAGAACCAGGAGGUCGCCGGCACGCUGGACAGGUACCAGGCCACAGCCUUCUCGUCGGGCAGCAUCCACUACCAGUUCAACAACGGGUGCCAGAAAGCUGUCUUUGUAGCGGCCUUCAACUCAGCCAACCCAGGUACGAGCUCGGCAGCGCAGGGCUUCUUCAGCCUCAACGCAGAGGUGGUGAACGCCACGCUCGGUCCCGCUGCGUCUGUCGCCGGUGGUAGCCUAGAGGAGCUGCGAGGGCUGAUUCCCGAGAGCCUCGCGCAGGACGUGCGCAGCUGCUUGGCCAGGUGCCAGCUGUAG